CAACUGAGGAGGAGCUGCCCAGAACCAAGGAGCUCCACACCGGGAAAAGUUUACCACUAACUACCGCACUCGACUCACAAGGAGGGAGAAACAGCAGACAUGGCAACUCAAGCACAGCAGCCGCCCCACCUCCACCUGGCUGAGCUCACCGCGGCGCAGUUCAUCGACAUCUGGAAACAUUUUGACGCAGACGGAAACGGUUACAUCGAAGGGAAGGAGCUGGAGAAUUUCUUCAAAGAGCUGGAGACUGCGAGACGAGGAGCGGGAGCAGGCGUGGAUCCUUCACAUACAGCUUUCAAAGAGAAGAUGAAGGAGUUCAUGGCCAACUUUGACAAGAAUGCCGAUGGAAAGAUCGAGAUGGCAGAGUUGGCUCAGCUGCUGCCCACAGAGGAGAACUUCCUGCUCUGCUUCAGAGAGUUUGUUGGAUCCAGCUCUGAGUUUAUGACCGCCUGGCGGAAGUAUGACUCCGACCGGAGUGGGUACAUCGAGUCGAAUGAGCUGAAGGGUUUCCUGUCGGACCUGCUGAAGAAGGCAAACAGAAACUACGAUGACAAGAAGCUCAAAGAGUACACACAGACAAUUCUGAGGAUGUUUGACCUGAAUGGCGAUGGUAAGCUGGGCCUCUCUGAGAUGGCGAGGCUCCUGCCAGUCCAGGAAAAUUUCCUGCUGAAGUUUGAGGGCAUCAGACUCACAGUGAAAGAAUUCGACUCCCUCUUCACCUACUAUGAUCAGGACGGUAAUGGGUAUAUUGACGAGCAGGAGCUGGAUGCUUUGCUGAAGGACCUCUGUGACAAGAACAAAAUGGAUGUGGACUCAUCAGGUAUCGGGGGGUACAAGAAGAGCAUCAUGGCUCUGUCCGAUGGAGGGAAACUGUACCGCACUGAGCUGGAGAUCGUCCUCUGCCGGGACUCCGAACUGUGACCUCCCUGCCUGGGACCCUGCAAUCCCCCCCUCUCCCGCCCCCACUGCCUCUACCUUCCUACCUCCUGAUGUAACCUGGUGCAUGUGUGACCCUUAACCUCGCUACACCACUUAGAGUGAAGACAAAAAGUAUACCGCUGAACUUGUUGUUUUAGCUUCGAACCCCUCUGAGGUCUUUUUUUUUUUUUUCUGUUUUUGAACUUUACGUCCAUCGUGAGAUAGCCAUAGCAACGACUACAGAAGUAUAUUGUGGUUUUAUUUAUUUGACUUUUAAUAUGCAUUUGUAUUUUUUACAUUUAUCUCUUAUCUAUUUAUGUCCUCCUCCUGAUGAUUUAACACUUCUGUGACAGCUGUUUGUUUAUUUCAUUUAUUUCUAUUUAAUUUGAUAUUAUCCUGUUUUGUUAGAUGAGGCUUGAACUGUUCUAUUAAAGAUAUAUUAAAGAUAUUACUGAGAGAAUGAAUAAAUGUACCAUGACAACCCUUGUCCCACUUAUUCAAUU